AUGCCGCUCAACCCGCUGCAGCUCAACGGGCGCGAGGCGGUGCCGUCGCUCGACUUGUCGGGGAAGGGCCUCGGACCCGGAUCGGCUGCGGUCGUCGCGGCGGGGGUUUCGGUCAACGCGGUGCUCACCGACCUCAACCUCUGCUCUAACGACAUCCACGACGAGGGCGCCACUGCGAUCGCCGAGGCGCUGCGCGGCAACGGGGUGCUGACCAAGCUCGACCUCGCCCGCACCGGCAUCGACGACGCGGGCGCCGAGGCACUGGCCUCCGCUCUGCGCGUCAACGGGGUGCUGACCACCCUCAAUCUCCGCGGCAACGUCUUCGGCGACGAGGGUGCCAAGGCGCUGGCAUCCGCUCUUUGCGUCAACGCGGUGCUGAAAAAUCUCGACGUGCAUUUGAGCCGCAACGAUCUCGGGGUGCCAGAGGCCCUUGUGCUGGCCAAGCUGGUCGAGGGCAGCGGGGUGCUGACCGAACUGAACCUCGUCGAAAACUACAUCGGCGACGAGGGCGCGAAGGCGAUCGGCGGUGCUCUCGCAGUCAACGGGGCGCUGACCGACCUCAACCUUGGCGAAAACAAUAUCCGCAGCGAGGGCGCCAAGGCGCUGGCCUCCGCUCUUCGCGUCAACGGGGUGCUGACCACCCUCGGCAUCGCUGGAAACAAGAUCCGCGACGAGGGUGCUGUUGCAAUCGCCGAGGCGCUGCGCGUCAACGAGGUGCUGACCAAGCUCGUGCUCGUGGACAGCAACAUCGGCGACGAGGGCGCCGCUGCGCUGGCCUCUGCUCUUCGCGUCAACGGGGUGCUGAAAAGCAUCGACCUCCGCUAG